AUGCCUGAGAUGAGUCUACUCGCGCCGAAUUCGAUCGCCGAACUUUUGGAGAGAAGAAUGUCUCUGAGUGCAAGAACGACGAAAAACCCAAUGAUUCGCCACAAAUCAACGGACAAAUCGGGCGGUGGGAAAAGCGGGGGAAUGAUUGAAGCGAUAAAGAUGGUCGCCGAACUGCAACUAACAACACCAAAUUCGAUAAAACGCGGGAAUUCGUUUAAAAAACUACUGAAGAUGAACUCGAGAUCGAAUUUCUCCGAUAAGCAACUGAAACUUCACUCCGACCGUGACCACCAUUCAAAUGCCGCCCCUCAUUCUCCACUACUCAACUCGAAACUAGAAGGGUAUACAGAAGAAGAGCUAGCCGAGUAUCGACAAGUCUUCAAUAUGUUUGAUACAGAUCGUUCCGGAGCGAUCGGAUUGGACGAGCUCGAGGCAGCGAUGCGAAAUCUUGGAUUAGAGCAAACGAGAGAGGAAUUGGAUAGAAUUAUUGAUGAGGUUGAUCAACGCGGAAAUCACGAGAUCGACUUUGAUGAGUUCUGCGAUGUGAUGCGAAGACUUUAUAAUAGAAAAAACAACUGGAAUAGUGUGGUGAAGGAGUGCUUUGCGGUUUUUGAUCGGUCUGAAUCCGGAGUGAUCUCAAAAAAAGAUUUCCAAUAUAUUCUCCGAGAACUCGGCGAUAUUACAGACAGUAUUAUUGUUGAUGAGAUCUUUAUGGAGGCUGACGUUGAUGGAAAUGGUCUACUCGAUUCCGAUGAAUUCACAUAUAUGUGCAAAAAUUAUAUGACAGAUGAGGAUAUUAAC